AUGAAGUGCGUUUGCGUUGCGUACGAGACGCUUCGUGCUUCUCAAGAGGAGUUUCUCAAAAAACGAAAAAAAUUCCAGGAGAAAGAAUGGUGUAAUAAUAAUAUCGGAGAUGAGGUGGAAAUAGAAGAAUCCGUUGAACCGGAGAUGAUAGGCGCUUUGAAGAGGACAAGGGGGAAGGUAGUGGAAGAGUCACGGAGGAGUGUGCCUGAAUCUGGUAAAGUGAUGAAUCUUGUUGAAGCGUUUGAGAAACUCAAGUGCUUUAGUACUAACAAGGAUGAAGAGGAGCAAACCGUUGGGAAGGUAGAGCUGUGUGGGGUGAGAUAG